CAGGUUGCUACGACGCCCAGGGCACUCCGGGGUCAUGUGUCAACAGGUGUGACUCCGGUUCACCUGUGCAGCACACCUGAGGUUCCCACCUGCCGACAGGAAAGGUGUCUAAACACACCUGCCGUUCCCAACCUGCCGACAGGGGAGGUGUUUAAAUCUGCGUGCAGGGGGAGAGGAGCGUCAGACGAAGCCGAGGAGUCUUCCUGUCCUGACGUGACGUCAUGAUGAUCCAAGUUGGUGUCGUGCUUGUACUGGUGGGGCUGCAGCUGGUGCAGACCAGCCCGCUCCCCGUCCAUCAACCCAGACAGCUUCCGGACAAUCUGCGGGAGGAGCAAGUUAAGCGUCGGCUUCAAGAUCUCCAGGAGAACCUCGGCAACGGCUUUCCUAGAAAGCGACAAUUCCAAGAUCCCCAGGAGAACCUCGGCAACGGCUUUCCUGGAAAGCGACAAUUCCAAGAUCCCCAGGAGAACCUCGGCAACGGCUUUCCUGGCAAACGACAGUUUCAAGAUCCCCAGGAGAGCCUCGGCAACGGCUUUCCUGGAAAGCGGCAGUUUCAAGAUCCCCAGGAAAGCCUCGGCAACGGCUUUCCUGGAAAGCGACAGUUUCAGGAUCUCCAUGAGAACCUCGGUAACGGCUUUCCCGGCAUACGGCAGUUUCAAGAUCCCCAGGAGAGCCUCGGCAACGGCUUUCCCGGCAAACGGCAGGUUCAAGAUCCCCAGGAGAGCCUCGGCAACGGCUUUCCCGGAAAGCGACAGUUUCAAGAUCCCCAGGAGAACCUCGGCAACGGCUUUCCUGGAAAGCGGCAAUUUAAAGAUCCCCAGGAGGACCUCGGCAACGGCUUUCCCGGCAAACGACAGUUUCAUGAUCCCCAGGAGACCCUCGGCAACGGCUUUCCCGGCAAACGGCAGUUUCAAGAUCCCCAGGAGAACCUCGGCAACGGCUUUCCCGGCAAACGGCAGGUUCAAGAUCCCCAGGAGAACCUCGGCAAUGGCUUUCCUGGAAAGCGGCAAUUUAAAGAUCCCCAGGAGGACUUCGGCAACGGCUUUCCCGGCAAACGGCAGUUUCAAGAUCCCCAGGAGAGCCUCGGCAAUGGCUUUCCUGGCAAGUAACCGCUUAAAAACCACAGGAAGGCGGCCGCAAAGGCUCCUUUCUUCCCUCACAAUCGUUAGCCAUGGUUGAAACCACUGUGAAGUCAAGGCAAGGUCUAUCGCGCCACCUAGCGUGUAAUGUAGAUUUUGCAUUCUCGUUCUGCUAACUUCUACACUUCAUUGGAACUGGAACAAAAGCAAUGUAAUAGGAUCACUAGGCAGCUAAGUAGCUGGUAUUGUGACCGCAUACAUAUUUUGUACCAAAAUGAACAUAACGUGUUGAUAAUUGAAUAAUACUAGCGGUAAACUUGAAGAAAUGCUCCUUGUAAAUCCCGCUCUGCACUUUGUACUGUGACUCCAAAAGUUGCUCACAUCUCUAAACUUAGCCCCAACCCUAUCCAGAACCCUAACCCUGACUCUAACCCUAAACUAAUCCACAACCCCAACCCUAACUUCACGCACGCACGCGCAUUCGCCUCACGUAGCCAAAAAAUCUGGCUAAGCACAAAAUUGGUUCCGUUAUGGCAGUUUCUACUUCUUCACUUUCUCAGAUGGGAUGUAAUAAAGCAUGGCAUGAGCAGUG